CCUCCUGUGACUUACACACGAUCCCCAGUGACGCUGCGGUAGCCGCCUCACUCAGCCAGAGGCAGCCGCGCCUGCGCAGCAGCUAGGCUGCGGGUCAGCGAGGUCGUCCCAGCGCGGCCCGGGAGGGAGGAGGCGAUUGUGGGCGGAGGACGGUGAGAGGGGAGGGAGGAAAGGAGUGGGGCGGGGCGAAGGGCGGAGGGGCGGGCUUUUCCGGAGGUUCCGACGUCCUUCACUUCCUGUUUGGCGGACCUUCUGAAUCCGGGUCAAGGGUGUCCACCUCUUCUCCCCGGCUGAUCCGGCACCGUCCGUGACAGCGGCUCCUGACUCAACCCGGGGCGGGUUUCAUCCCACGACCUGCCGGAGCCCGGACGCCCACAUCUGCCGCAGAACGCGGAGGCGCGCUUCCUCACCCACCGGCUCGCAGCCCCGGCCCCUGAGCACCCACAGCCGCCGGGGGACCCCGCUGGCCCCUCCGAGCUGAUGCUGAGAGGGACCGCGGGCCCGGGGCGGCGGCGGAGUGCGGGCCUCUGGCUUCUUAGGCCCAUCGCGGGCGGUGCCGGUUCCUACGCGCCCCAGGCUUGCCAACUCCCGCCCGGGCUUGGAUGGGCCCGCCUGCCCGAUAAAUGUGGCUACUGAGGCGGCGGUGGCGGUGGUCGGUCCCGCUGCUGCUGCUGCGCUCCAAGUUCACCUCCGCCCCGGGGCUCUCCUGGCCCACCUCGGGGCCGUGGCCGCCCGCUCCUUCCCUCCUGGGCCGGGCCUUACAGCGUGGCGACAAUGGACAAGAUCCUGGAGGGCCUGGUGAGUUCUUCGCACCCGCUGCCCCUCAAGCGGGUGAUCGUGCGGAAGGUGGUGGAGUCGGCGGAGCAUUGGCUGGACGAGGCGCAGUGCGAGGCCAUGUUUGACCUGACGACGCGGCUCAUCUUGGAGGGCCAGGACCUCUUUCAGCGGCAGGUGGGCCACCAAGUGCUGGAGGCCUACGCGCGCUACCACCGGCCAGAGUUCGAGUCCUUCUUCAACAAGACGUUCGUGCUGGGCCUCCUCCAGCAGGGCUACCACUCGCUGGACAGGAAGGACGUAGCCAUCCUGGACUACAUUCACAACGGCCUGAAGCUGAUCAUGAGCUGCCCGUCGGUGCUGGACCUCUUCAGCCUGCUGCAGGUGGAGGUGCUGCGGAUGGUGUGCGAGAGGCCGGAGCCGCAGCUUUGCGCCCGACUGAGCGACCUCCUGGCCGACUUCGUGCAGUGCAUCCCCAAGGGGAAACUGUCCAUCACCUUCUGCCAACAGCUGGUUCGCACGAUAGGCCACUUCCAGUGCGUGUCCACCCAGGAGAAGGAGCUGCGGGAAUAUGUCUCGCAGGUGACAAAAGUGAGUAACUUGCUCCAGAACAUCUGGAAGGCCGAGCCCUCCACCUUGCUGCCUUCCCUGCAAGAAGUUUUUGCAAGCAUCUCUUCCACAGAAAUAGACGCCUCCUUUGAGCCUUCCGUGGCACUGGCAAGCCUUGUGCAGCACAUUCCUCUCCAGAUGAUCACAGUGCUCAUCAGGAGCCUUACGACGGACCCCAACGUAAAAGAUGCGAGUAUGACCCAAGCUCUUUGCAGAAUGAUUGACUGGCUGUCCUGGCCGUUGGCUCAGCAUGUAGACACAUGGGUGAUUGCACUCCUGAAAGGACUGGCGGCUGUCCAGAAGUUUACUAUUUUGAUAGAUGUUACUUUACUGAAGAUAGAACUAGUUUUUAAUCGGCUUUGGUUUCCUCUUGUGAGACCUGGUGCUCUCACAGUUCUUUCUCACAUGCUGCUGAGUUUUCAGCAUUCUCCAGAGGCGUUCCAUUUGAUUGUUCCUCAUGUAGUUAAUUUGGUUCACUCCUUCAAAAGUGAUGGUCUGCCUUCCAGUACAACCUUCCUAGUGCAAUUAACAGAACUGAUACACUGUAUGAUGUAUCAUUAUUCUGGAUUUCCAGAUCUCUACGAACCUAUCCUGGAAGCAAUAAAGGAUUUUCCUAAGCCCAGUGAAGAGAAGAUUAAACUGAUUCUCAGUCAAAGUGCCUGGACUUCUCAAUCCAAUUCUUUGGCAUCUUGCUUGUCUAGACUUUCUGGAAAAUCUGAAACUGGGAAAACUGGUCUUAUUAAUCUAGGGAAUACCUGUUAUAUGAACAGUGUUAUACAAGCAUUGUUUAUGGCCACAGAUUUCAGGAGACAAGUAUUAUCUUUAAAUCUAAAUGGGUGCAAUUCAUUAAUGAAAAAAUUACAGCAUCUUUUUGCCUUUUUGGCUCAUACACAGAGAGAAGCAUAUGCACCUCGGAUAUUCUUUGAGGCUUCCAGACCUCCAUGGUUUACCCCCAGAUCACAACAAGACUGUUCUGAAUACCUCAGGUUUCUACUAGACAGGCUCCAUGAAGAAGAAAAGAUCUUGAAAGUUCAGUCUUCACACAAGCUUUCUGAAAGUCUGGGGUGCAGUGAAACUUCUUUACAAGAAGUAGCCAAUAAGGCAGCUGUACUAACAGAGACCCCUUGCACAAGUGAUGGUGAGAAGACAUUAAUCGAAAAAAUGUUUGGAGGAAAACUACGAACUCACAUAUGUUGUUUGAACUGCAGGAGUACCUCACAAAAAGUCGAAGCCUUUACAGAUCUUUCACUUGCCUUUUGUCCUUCCUCUUCUAUGGAAAACUUGUCUUUUCAAGAUCCGGCAUCAUCACCCAGUACACAAGAUGGUGGUCUAAUGCAGGCCAGUGUACCUGGUCUUUCAAAAGAACCAGGAGUCUGUAAUCCAUCCACAGCUGCCUUUGCCUGUUACUCAGCUGUGAAUGAAAGAAUGGCUGACAGUCCUGAUGAGUUUCGCUGUACUGAAGACACUUCUGUCCCUAAUGACUCUAGCAAGAUGCUUGUUAAUAAAGAUGUACCUCAGAAACCAGGAGGUGAAACCACAUCUUCAGUAACUGACUUACUAAAUUAUUUUUUGGCUCCAGAGAUUCUUACUGGUGACAACCAAUAUUAUUGUGAAAACUGUGCCUCUCUGCAGAAUGCCGAGAAAACUAUGCAAAUCACGGAGGAACCUGAAUAUCUUAUUCUUACUCUCCUAAGAUUUUCAUACGAUCAGAAGUAUCAUGUGAGAAGAAAAAUCCUAGACAAUGUGUCACUGCCACUGGUUUUGGAGUUGCCAGUUAAAAGAACUACUUCUUUCUCUUCGUUGUCAGAAAGUUGGUCUCUAGAUGUUGACUUCACUGAUAUUAGUGAGAAUCUAGCUAAAAAAUUAAAGCCUUCUGGGACUGAAGAAGAUUGCUCCCCAAAAUUGGUGCCCUAUCUAUUGAGUUCUGUUGUCGUUCACUCUGGUGUGUCCUCUGAAAGCGGGCAUUACUAUUCUUAUGCCAGAAACAUCACAGGUACAGAGUCCUCGUACCAGAUGUGCCACCAGCCCGAAACGCUGGCAUUAGCCUCCUCCCAGAGUCAUUUACUAGGGAGAGAUAGUCCCAGUGCAGUUACUGAACAGGAUUUGGAAAAUAAGGAAAUGUCAAAAGAAUGGUUUUUAUUUAAUGACAGCAGAGUGACGUUUACUUCAUUUCAGUCAGUCCAGAAAAUUACGAGUAGGUUUCCCAAGGACACAGCUUAUGUGCUGUUGUAUAAAAAACAGAACAGCACUAAUGGUUUAAGUGGGAAUAAUUCAACCACUGGACUCUGGGUAAAUGGAGACCCACCUCUACAGAAAGAACUAAUGGAUGCUAUAACAAAAGACAAUAAACUGUAUUUACAGGAACAAGAGUUGAAUGCUCGAGCCCGGGCCCUACAAGCUGCAUCUGCAUCCUGUUCAUUUCGGCCCAAUGGAUUUGACGACAAUGAUCCACCAGGAAGCUGUGGACCAACUGGUGGUGGGGGUGGAGGAGGGUUUAAUACAGUUGGCAGACUCGUAUUUUGAUGCUGAAGAGUCCAAAAUGCACUGGUCACAAAACAUCCAAUUACUAUGACUGUUUAAAUGUCAGACUGUAACAAAUAUCAUAUCUAUCUUUUAAUUUUCUUUUCAUUAGACCGUUAUACAAGAAAACACACUCAGUGCUUGUUUUUAUUUUCUUGACAAUACGUUUAUUAACAAAAUGUAUCAUUGGGAAAAAAUCUACCUCUUAAAAUUCCAUUUGCUUUUAUGGUUAGACAUGCUUGACCAAAAAUUUUCAGAGGCAAAUAUGUACCUGGUCCCUAAUUAAGCUGCAUUAAAUUUAGUAGAGGCAAUUAAAUGGUCCUGUCCUCAGUUUUACUGAACAAAAAAUAGAUUUCAUUUAGCAUCCUUUAUAAAAGAAUUGGUGUUAGAGGUGAAGGAAAUAUCGUUAGUAAGGAAAGAAAGAAAAUCUUUUAUUUCCUGUGUAGUUACCCCAUUAUUAAAUGCAAGUCUUUGAGAAUACUAGAGAUGAUAUAGUCUCUCAUGAAGGCAAUAACAUAAACUUUAUCGAGCUCUAGUACUUUUCAGGUUUGUUCAGUGCUGUCUUCAGCAUCACUGUAUCUACAUUUCAAGUACAAAUGUUUUAAAAAAGGAUUAUUUAUACAUAUGUGCUGAACUGAUUUUAAGAAAGGUGCAUGAUCCUGUAGGAGCCACAUUUUUACCUAAAAAUUGCUAACUUUGUAGUGUUUCUAAUUGAGGAUUUUAAAAAUUCUAUUUCAGGGAGUAUAUCUUCUGUGUGUUUUGAAGGAGGUGAGUUCUGUAUGUGCCUUGCAGUACUGUAAUUCAAAAAUAGGAAUCUGGCUGCGGAAAAGUUUUUUACAAAUGUUAGGAAGUAAUUUUUUGUGCUAACAUUAAAAUUAUAACUUUUUGAAAGGUAUUAGAUUUUCCUGAAGUAAAAUCUGAUGGUUCUAAAUCAAUAAGUGUAAUAGUUUGUUUAUAACUCUUAGAAGAAUUCAGAGGAAAUCAAUCUAGUCAAGUAAAAAAAUUUUUUCGAUUUUGUUACUUAAUCCUCAGAAUAUUAAACAUUGAUCACAUAUUUUUAGAGUUA